AUGUUUGGAUCUUAUAGAAUAGAUAGGCUAAUAGGAAAGGGAAGCUAUGGCCAAGUAUAUUUGGUAAAUGAUAUUGGGACUCCUGAUUAUUUUGCCUUAAAAGUGGAACAUAACGAAAGUGCUCGAAAUUCUCUCACAAAUGAGAUAAAUGAACUCGAACAGCUUCAAGAAUCACCUUAUUUUCCAAAAUUAGUGACUCAUGGGAUUCUUUUCAAUUCUCAAUAUUACAUUAUGGAGCUACUAGGAUCGUCUGUAGCUGCAAUGAGAUCAGAAUUAGAUACAAAAAGAUUUUCAAGAUAUACAACACUAUUUAUCGUUACAGAAAUGUUAAAAUGCAUUAAAGUUUUACAUCAAAAAGGUUUUAUACAUAGAGAUAUCAAACCAUCAAACUUUUUAUUGAGACCAGGCAAAAACAACCCUAUUUGCCUUAUAGAUUUUGGUUUAUCCGUCAGUUAUAUUGAUCCUUCGACAAAUGAGCAUUUGCCAUUUAGAAAUGACAUCGGAUUCGUAGGAUCAAAGCGUUACGCCUCAGUUAAUGCUCAUGAACGCAAUCAACUUUCAAGGCGUGACGAUAUGUUAUCAUGGUUUUACAGCUGUGUCGAGCUUUAUACAGGAGAUCUUCCAUGGUCUAACACAAAUGUCUCUGAAACUAUUUAUAAUCUCAAAAAGAAUAUAAAUCCUCCCGAAUUAUGCUCAGGCAUGCCAUCUGAGUUUACUGAGAUAUAUAGGCGUAUUAGAGAUCUCCGUUAUGAAGAUUGCCCUCCAUACGAUUAUAUUUUAAGACUUUUAGUCAAUUUAUUGAAUAAUUCCAGGAAAUCAUCACAAGUUCUUGAUUGGGAAUACUUCAGUGAUGAAAGAAUAGCCCUAAUUUCUGCUGUUCAGCUUAAUGAGAAAGAAGAUCAAGAACAAAAUUAUGGAAUUUGCAGAAUUUGA